AUCCCCUUAGGAACCUCAGGAUUUCCCUUACCUGUGGAUAUUGACCCCAUUCCUUCAGGCCCCAGAGAACAGAUCAACCAAGUGACAUCCUUCAUUGAUGGGUCGGUGAUCUACGGGUCCAGCAAGGAGGAGAGUGACGAGCUGCGUGCCUUCUCUGGCGGCCUCCUCAAGGUGCAGCGCGGCCCGGCAAACACCCAGAUCCUCAUGGCCGACACCAACCAGAUUGACUGCAAGACCUCAGGAAGAUUCAAAGCCAGGUCACGCAAGACUCGGGCAGCAGACGGCCAGCUCAAAGACAUCGAGUCAGGUUCCCCAAACAACGUACUGGAUUUGAUGGAGGUUCUGCCUAACACUGACGUCAGCGAUAUCACGGAAAUUCCUAGCGUGUUUGAGCGUGACGACCAGACACUGCCCUGCGACCACACUUUGCGUUUCCGCACAGCUACAGGGUGGUGCAAUAAUCUUAACUUCCCGUCCUUCGGCAAGUCGUUCAGGGCAAAAAGUCGACUCCUACGUCCUUCUUAUGAAAACGGUCUGUCUAAACCUCGCGUCACUUCAGUCACCGGCAAGCCUCUCCCUUCCCCUCGGCUCAUUUCCACCAACAUGCACAACGACGUGUCUGCACCGCAUGUCCGCUAUACCCUAAUGGUCAUGCAGUGGGGCCAGUUUAUUGACCAUGAUAUUAUUUUCACCCCCAUCAACAAAGGUUUCCAAGACUCGAUUCUGGAUUGCCGCAGAUGUGACUCUCCCCAGACAGUCCACCCUGAGUGUUUCCCCAUAGCCAUUCCUCAGAACGAUCCAUUUUUCCCUCCUGUCAAUAUAUCAUCUGGCCAGCCAUUCUGCAUCCCCCUGACCCGCUCCAUGCCAGGCCAGCUGACUCUAGAUUACGAUGCAUACUGCAACCCAACAGUGCUCAAUGAAUUUGGCAUAGCCUUCCGCUUUGGCCACUCUCUACUCAAGCCUUCCCUGGAGCGCAUGGACGGAAUAUUUGCCAAGUGCAACCCUCCUGUCAAGCUGAGCGAACACUUCUUCAACCCAGACCUACUCUACCAGCCUGGGAUGUUUGAUGAGAUCAUCCACGGCCUGACUACUGUGUCCAUGGAGACACUGGACCAGUUCUUGACAGAUGAGGUGACCAACCAUCUCUUUGAAGACAAGCGGCAGCCAUUCUCUGGCCUGGACCUGGCUGCCCUCAACAUCCAGCGAGGCAGAGACCAUGGACUGCAGCCUUACAAUGAGUACAGGGCCCUCUGUAACCUGACCAGGGCGAGGUCGUUUGAUGACCUGCACAGGGAGAUAGCGAGGCCGGUGAUCGAGCGAAUGAAACAGACGUACGCACACGUGGAUGACAUAGAUCUGUUCACUGGUGGAUUGAUUGAGACGCCGCUGCACGGUGGACUGGUCGGUCCCACGUUCGGCUGCAUCCUUGGCAUUCAGUUCAGGAACCUCCGCUGCUGUGACCGGUUCUGGUAUGAGAAUGCUGACCCACUUGUGCGCUUCACCGACCCUCAGCUCACUGAAAUAAGAAAGGUGACACUGGCCAAGCUUCUGUGUGACAACUGUGACAAUGUGGAAAGUGAACAGCGGUCUGUCUUUGACCUUCCAGACCCCUUCCUGAACCCCCGAUUGUCAUGUCGCGACCUCCCCGGGGUGAACCUUGAGCUGUGGAAAGAGGAGCACGAAGAAGAGGAAGACCUACAUAGGAUCAGAUGGAAGGACCAUGUCAAUGAAGACACAAGAGACAAAGGAUUAGAUGAAAGAAUGCCUCAAAGCAGAAACAUCUGAAGAAGACUUUUGUAAAGAGCAAUCCCAAAUAGAAAUUAGGGUGGGAAGAAGCAGCGUUGGCACUCACCACAUUGGUAACAUAGAUGCCCAGGAGUGUUCGUCGUGCUGGCCGUUCCACUAGGAUGGCCAUGAGGCUGCCAAUGAACCCUGGCACAAAGGAGACUGUG